GACUUGAAAUCUAGCGAUCAGCGAGAUGAAAUUGCUGCAGCACGUGCAUCCCUGAAGGAAAAUUCCUCUCUCCUACAUUCAAUAUGUUCAGCUUGUUUGGAACAUUCAGAUGUUGCAUCCCUUACAGCCAGCAAGGAUUCAGUUUGCAAUGAAAUACAGAAUGCUCUCAAUGUAAUUUCUAAUGCUUCCCAAGGAGUUGGAAAUAAAAUGGGACAACUUACAUCUCACACAGCCACUCUUGGAAGUGCGCUUGAUGAGCUUGAGAAUUUAAUUGCCCUGGAUCCUCUCGCAGUGAAUGAAGAGAAAAUAAGGCCAUCACUAGAGAAACGUCUGGAAGCUAUUAUCAGUGGAGCGGCUUUGCUAGCUGAUUCUUCCUGCACACGCGAUUUUCAUCGAGAACGCAUCAUUGCUGAAUGCAAUGCUAUCCGCCAAGCUCUCCAAGACCUGCUGUCUGAAUACAUAAACAAUGUAGGUAACCAGACUUUUUUCCUUUUUUUAAUGUGUCUCAAAGCCUAUUUUAGUGUAUAUUAG